AUGAAAGACAAAUCAGGGAUAUUCUACUCCAAAUUUCCCGAUCAUAAGUCAGGUUUCUCUGGCAAGUCAGUGGAAAAGGACAAAAACCAUUCACUUUAUUUCCAUCGUAUGGGUACUGACUGCAAGGACGAUGUUAUUGUGUACGAUCGUAAGGAUGACAGUAACCUUCUCAUUGGAGGAAUAGUGACAGAAGACGGUCGCUUUCUUAUUAUCUCUGCUUCUCGAUAUCCAUAUAAUAUGCUCUACUAUUAUGAGUUAUCUUCAAUGAAAGGUCCCAUUGGGAAAAUCGACCCCACCCCUCUAUUCGAUAAGUUGGACGCGCAAUACGAGGUUUUUUUUGUUUUCGAAGUUAUUUCAAGACUCAUUUGA